GUCUCAGCAGUUUUUUCACCCAACACUCAAGCAAAACAUUUGUGGUAUCCUCAAUCCACUACUCUCCUCCUCUUUAUUGUUUUAUCUUUCUUAGUUUAUAUAACAAUGAACAAGGUUGGCAAGAUUGCAUGCUUCGUGCUUUUUUGCAUGAUGGUGGUUGCACCCCAUGCAGAGGCACUGACAUGCAGUCAGGUCACAAGUGGCGUGGCUCCUUGCCUCCCUUAUUUGACGGGUCGUGGCCCUCUCGGAGGCUGCUGUGUUGGUAUUAAGGGUCUGUUGGGUGCAGCCAAGACUCCAGCGGACCGGAAGACAGCCUGUACUUGCCUGAAAUCAGCCGCUAAUGCUAUUAAGGGCAUUGAUGCGGCCAAAGCUGCUGGUCUCCCUGCUGCUUGUGGCGUCAACAUCCCUUACAAAAUCAGCCCCUCCACUGACUGCUCCAAGGUUCAGUAAGGCUGAUACAGUCAUCACAAUUUAAUAUCAAGAUGUGGAGAAGAAUAAGAUGCAUGGAUGAAGUGUGAUCCUGCAUAUCGAUCCAUUAUAUUCUAUGUUUUAUCAGUUGUCUCUAUCUCUUUUAUUUGUCUUUUGGAGUCAUAGUCGUCGAGCUUUUAUUGAAACUUUGGUGGUUAGUUGUGGUUGUAUUGCAACCCAAUUUUGAUAAUAGAUGUUCUAUCAUCUCAGCGUCGUGACCUUCUCUUGAAUUUUCAGGCCACUUGAAUUUUCAAAAGAACCUCUGUCGCUCUAUCCAUGCAGGGGCAGAGAACCCGUUAGUUCAAUGUCUCCACGAUUUCUUUCACUUUAUUCUCUUCUUUUUCAA